UGCAACCUCAUCUUCGAUCGAGUUAGCCCUCUGCGUAGCCUCCCUGUCGACUAUCACACCACAUUGCCUCAUGGCUCGAUCGAGGAACAAUAUACGAGGAAUAUGCAGAAGCUACAGAUAGGGCUUACGCAGCCUCUUUAGCUACAAUUGGGUAAGAGCCGGUUUGGUAGCAUCUAUCGGAGUUCAUUCUAGGCAGACAAAUAAAAAAUUAAUGACGCGAUGUUGGAGUUAGCAAUUGAUACAGCCCUAUCCCGAUCGAAACCACCACGUCUGCGACACUCCUUACUAUUACCCCUCUCGAGAUAGAAUCACAUUCUGUAUCUAUUGUAGCCCAAUGCGCUCGCGUGUUUAUUAAUAAAUCAAUUGAUCGUUACUUGGCCUCUUUUGCGGUAAGACACGCGCGAUCGUUUCGAGUUGUACCAAAAACGGCCUUGGCGAUAGUUUCAGUCGUCCCGCCAAGAGCGUUUCAACUAAUUGAAACCAUGCCCUAUUCCGGUAACAUGAGGUCGAGAGGCGACGAUUCGGAAUCAGAUGGCGAAGACUAUGCCGAUCAGCUAUCGCCCUUGGAUGGAUAUUUUGCCUCCUCAUCUUCGUCGUCCCAUGAAGUGCCAAACGUGCCGAACAUCUUUGUCACUGACCCCACACUUGAACGACAAACGUCAAAGUCAGACGUUGAAUCGAAAGCUCACCCUAAGAAGACAAACGGGGAAAGAUUCCGAUCGAAUACUCAUAGGUCCAGAGAAUACUGCUUUCACCCUCCCACGGAACUAGGCAACACCCAAGAGCUCGGUCUAUCAGAGCAGCGCGCUGGUACUCCGACUGCAUCACGCCAACGACAAGACAAUCCCACAUUCGCGCAUACGUAUUCACCUUUGUCAGCAUCCCACACACACAUCCGAUCAUAUCCAACAGGAAGCCGGACUCCUUCCAUAUAUUCAGAGGCACCACCGGCGUAUUCGCCCGAGCCAUCCCCCGUUACACCUAUCAACCAACAAAUACCGUCCAGGGCCUAUAAUACAUUCACCUCCACCAUGGGUAUAUCAGAUGUUGAAAAUGAGAGGUUACUGGAGAGAGGUCCCGAGAGCAUGGGCCAGCCCCAAGACCUCGAAAGUGGUUACUCAUCACAUUGGAUGAAAAGAGCCAGAAGACGUUUACCGCCGUGGCUCAGUUGUAGAAUCUUGACUCUCGGUCUGAUCGUACUGAUUGUUUCUGUUGGACUUUUGGCUGGUUCUCUAAGAAUAUUUAAAGUAGAAGACGAUCAUAGGAAGACUAUUGGGGCACAGCCCAUAAAGCAAACCCCACCCGAAUCGGUCCAAGAACCCGUAACUGAGCCCGGAACUGAUAUGCCUGUGGUCGCGGCACCUUUCCUACCAACGUACUGCGAAAAUGCGCAGUAUCGCUUCGAGGAUCAAGUCUUAGCUCUUAACUUUGAUAAUAACCACCAGAUCACAUUUAUAGAAGAGCAACAUGCGCAUUCUGGAUCGAGCCAAGUGCACGUAGCCGGCCAAGUCAAUGUGCGACAACUAGAUAGUGGUGGCAGCCCGCGCCUAGUCCUGGAGAUUGCCACCAACGAUAAGAGUAUCCUACUUGACGUCUACGUCGACGAAGAAGGCCAAGGCUUGAAGGUGAGCGUGCCGAAGAAGUACGAUGCUUCUGACCGGAGAUACCCGCCCUGCGUCGAGAUCCGAACGACUAUCUGGGUGCCCAAGGACGCAAAUCUAGGAACACUUGGUGUGAGUACGGUCCACCUCGAUAUUCUACUCCUAGACGACCUAUCUCUUCACAUCUCCGACUACGCCACCCUACGCUCCACAGUCGGAAACAUCGACUCUGGUGCAGUUAGGCCCCUUACAUACAACGGCUCCCGCACCAUGUCGAUGGCCCCAGACUUCACAUUCGUGCCCGCCAAAGACUCCUACGUCUUCGACGCGCGCGUCAUCGAAAGCAUAACGACAUCCGGCAGGAUCGACGGGAACUGGCCCUUAUACGACAUGCUAGGUCUGCACACGACCUCGGGCAACAUCGGGGUCUCAAUCACGCCGCACGAAGAGAACGCAGAGGACCCUAGAUCGGCAGUCCUAUCGCUGAGCUCAGUAUCCGGCUCUGUCCGCGCCGCGGAGCCGGUGCACACACCCGAGAAUUUCCCGCUCCGCGACUACCUCGUGGACGUGAAGUCGACGUCGGGAGGCAUCCACGGGGCCUUUGCGUUCGGCGCUGGCAUCGAGAUUAAGAGUACGGCCAGCGACAUCGGUCUCAACCUGCUCCCCGUCAUGCACGAGAACCGCGUGUCCCCCACGCUGCCCGCGCAGCUGGAGACCGCGACGACGAGCGGUAUUACCGCUGUCCGUGUGCUCGAGCCGCUUUGGUUCGGCGAUAAUGGGACGGCUGUUGCGAGUCGACCGUUUAACUGCCUCAAGGCGCUUCACAAGUCCACUAGUGGAGACAUCGGACUGAUGUAUCCUGGGGCGUGGGAGGGUAACUUGUAUGCCGAGACGACGGCUGGGAGGUUGAAUGUUUCGGGUAAGGAUGUGAGGAUCAUUAGAUCCAGUCGGGGCUGGCCGGGAUCGAAGCUGGAAGCUCAGAAGGGCCCUGGUGGUCCCGGGUCAUCGAUAGAAGUUGAUGCGAUUAUGGGGAACAUGGAUGCCACCAUCGGUACGAAUUAAUGGGUGAACUUGAGUUUUUGGUAUAGUGGAAAUACCCGGAGGACAGAAAUCGGUAUGGUGGAUAGUCGGAGAUUACGUGAAUUAUGAGAAUACCCGCGCAUUCGUUGGCAGAUGAGAUUAUGGCGUUAUGGAUUUGCUGGCAUAGUUUCGGUAUUGGAGUAUUUCCUUGGAUAUCACUAAAUACCUAAUGGAAUACAAAUAUUAACAUAAC